AUGUGCUCGGCGGAGAUGGACCCGCACGUCGCGCAGAGAUACCUGCCCAGGCGGCGGCUCGGCAAGGGCGCCUAUGGCAUUGUGUGGAAGGCGGUGGAUCGGAGAACUGGCACGGUUGUGGCCAUCAAGAAAAUCUUUGAUGCCUUUAGAGACAAGACCGAUGCUCAGAGAACAUUCCGGGAAAUCAUGCUCCUCCAGGAGUUUGGGGACCACCCCAAUAUCAUCCGCCUCCUCGACGUGAUGCCUGCAGAGAAUGACAGGGACAUCUACCUGGUGUUUGAAUUUAUGGACACUGACCUGAACGCAGUCAUCCGCAAGGGCAAGCUGCUGAAGGACAUCCACAAACGCUACAUCUUCUACCAGCUCCUGCGGGCCACCAAGUUCAUCCACUCAGGGAAUGUCAUCCACCGGGACCAGAAGCCGUCCAAUGUUCUCCUGGACGCCAACUGUUUGGUGAAGCUCUGUGACUUUGGCCUCGCCCGCUCCCUGAGCCAGCUCCCUGAGGGGCCCGAGGGCCACGCCCUGACGGAGUAUGUGGCCACGCGCUGGUACCGGGCACCGGAGGUGCUGCUGUCCUCGCGCUGGUACACCCCUGGGGUGGACAUGUGGAGUCUGGGCUGCAUCCUGGGGGAGAUGCUGCGGGGGAGGCCCCUGUUCCCGGGCUCGUCCACCCUCCACCAGCUGCAGCUGAUCCUGGAGAGCGUGCCGCUGCCUCCGGAGGAGGACUUCCCGGCUCUGGGCUCAGGCUACUGCGCCUCUGUUCUGCAACGCCUGGGAACCCGGCCACAGCAGACGCUGGACACCCUUCUGCCGCCGGACACCCCCACGGAGGCCCUGGACCUCCUCAGGCAGCUGUUGGUGUUUGCGCCGGACAAGCGGCUCAGCGCAGCCCAAGCCCUGCGGCACCCCUACGUGCAGAGAUUCCGCUGCGCGGCCCACGAGUGGACACUGGAGGCGGAUGUGCAGCUUCCGGUGCCCGAGGGAGUGCAGCUCUCGGCCCCCGAGUAUCGCAGCCGCCUCUAUCAGAUGAUUCUGGAACGGAGGGGCAACCGGCGCGUCCAGGGACAGGAGGGCCGGGCGGGCGCAUCGCCGGGGGGAAGGCCCAGCGCGUCUGGGCCCCAGGAGCACCCGCUAGAGCCCAGAGCUGUCCAGCAGCUCCCCUCGGGGACGCCGGCGCAGAACUCCGGAACCAGGCCGCAGAGCAGCCCCGCUCACGACCCUGCGCACGAAACCCCCGGCGGAGCCAAGAACAUUCCCAGGCAGAACGUGGCCCCCUUGUUCCAGCCUCUGCCCCCAGGAGGCCUCGGGAGGGGGCGAAGGCCCCCUGGGGUGGCGGCGAAGUCCCCGCCGGCACCCUCGUGGGUGAAGCCCCGCGGCAGGGGGUCUGUGCCCUCCCUGACCGCGCAGGCCGCGGCCGAGGUGGCUAACCAGGCGCUGAUCCGGAGGGAGCGGACCCUGGGCCGGGGGGUGAGGGCAGCUGGAGCCCGACAGGUGAGCCCCGAGGCCCGGCCCGAGACCCGGCCUGGCCGGAGGAUGUUCUCCGUCUCGGCCUUACUAGGGGCCCAGGGCGCCGCGAGGGCCUCUCUCGGGGGCUACUCCCAAGAAUACGGAACCCUCUGCCAGUCGGCGCUGGGCCGCCUGCCCCUGCCCCGGAACCCCACGCGGCAGGCCUUCGCCUUUGGCUCCCCUCCCUGGGGUGGCCUGCAGAGCAGGCGUGGGGUCACCUUCCUGUCCUUUGCCCACACCCUGGCUCCAGCUGCCCUGCUGGUCCUGGAGCACUAG